AUGAGCAACAUACCAAUCCUAGAUGGCCUUUUCGUUGGUUUUGCCUUGUUCUUGGUGUAUCGCCUCUACCAGAAGAGAUCGAACAGUCAGGGUCACCUUCCGCUACCACCUGGACCAAAAGGUGUCCCACUUGCCGGAAAUCUAUGGGACAUGCCGGUAGGAUAUGAAUGGGAAACGUACCACAAGUGGUGCAAAGAGUUCGACACUGAUGUCCUGUAUCUUAACCUCGCCGGGUCAUCUAUCAUCGUCAUCGACACGUAUGAGGCCGCCAUUGAGCUUCUUGACAGACGUUCGUCUGCGUACUCAGGAAGACCGAGAAUGACCAUGGUGAACGAGCUCAUGGGAUGGGAGUUUGAUUUCGCUUUCAUGGACUAUGGAGACCGAUGGAGGCAGCACCGCAAGCUCAUGCAUCAAGCGUUCCAUCCUACCGCUUCAGAGAACUAUCACCCCCAGCAAUUAAGAGCCGCCAGGAGGCUCAUCCAGAGGCUCCCAACAGCAGAUGACUUCAUUGCGGAGCUCCGACAAAUGGCGGGCGAAACAAUUAUAUCGAUCGCUUACGGGCUCGACACUCAACCCAAGAACGAUCCGUACGUAGAAACCGCUGAAAAGGGUGUCCACCCUCUCCUGGAGGCCGGCGUACCAGGAGCGUUCUUGGUUGAUUCUCUUCCUGUCCUGAAGUAUGUGCCAGAAUGGUUCCCUGGCGCCUCAUUCAAACGCAAGGCCAAAGAGUGGAGGCUACUGGCUCUGGACAUGUUUAAUCGCCCGUUCGAGGCCAUGCUCCGCGAAGUUGAAAGGGGGACUGCCAAAGGAUCAUUCGCUAGCGAUGGCCUCCAGAAAAUGAAGUCUGGUCUAGGCGGUGUCUAUACAGAAGAAAACAUCAAGUCUGUCGCGAGCACGAUGUACCAAGCUGGGUCAGAUACGACUGUGGCCACCUUGGGAUUCUGCGUCAUCUCUCUCCUCGCCAAUCCAUCUCUUAUCAAGCGAGCACAGGACGAAAUUGAUUCAGUCACAGACGGAGCACGACUACCUGACUUCGGCGACGAAGAAUCUUUCCCCUUCAUCUCUGCCCUAGUCAAAGAGACGCUGAGGUAUUGGUCUCUCGCACCGAUUGCCGUUCCGCAUUUGUUGAACAUCGAAGACGAGUAUAAAGGGUACCGACUCCCUGCCGGCUCCGUUAUCGUGCCGAACGCAUGGGCUAUGCUCCACAACGAAGUCGUCUACUCCGAUCCUUUCACAUUCAAUCCGGACAGAUUUUUAGACAGCGAUAAAACCAUGGAGAACCACUUCAACGCUGCCUGGGGAUUUGGGAGACGGAUCUGCCCGGGACGCUUCAUGGGAUUUGCGUCAGUCUGGAUCACCCUGGCGUCGAUUCUUGCCGUCUAUGACAUCGAGAAGGACAUUGGCCCCGAUGGGAAACCCAUCGAACCUUCGCACGAGUACCGUUCCUCGAUUCUCGCCUUCCCCCAGCGAUAUCCAUGCAAAUUCAUCCCUCGCUCCAAUACAGCAAAGCAGCUCUUGCUCCUGUCACAUGAUGCAGAAUGA